AAAUGGUGCUUAAACAAAUUAGUGAAACUGUUUGUAUUUGGAGACUCAUAUGCUGAUACAGGAAAUUAUUUGAACUCAUCUUCAUAUAAACCUCCAUAUGGGAUGAUUUUUCCCAGUAAACCUUCUGGAAGUUUCUCCUACGGUCACAUCCUCACCGAUUACAUCUUUAACUCUCUACCUCAAUUCAUUGUGCCAUCUUCCUAUAUGAAGAUCAAAUCUCCUGCACCAUAUUCAUUGAGAAAUUUCUCAAAACUACAAUAUGGUAUGAACUUUGCUUACGGAGGCACUAGUAUGUUCAAUACUUUUAUUGAUGGACCAAACAUGACUCUACAAAUCUACUCAUUUGAGGAGUUAAUUCAACAAAACGUAUAUACUAAACUCGACAUUGAAUCCUCGGUUGCCCUCAUCAGCGUUUGUUGUAACGACUAUCUUACAUUUCUUCUUAAUAAACGGGUAGAACACUAAUGUGAGUUUUUACAACAAAGGCAUGGUAUUAAACACAACAAUCUCAUAAUGAAUCUAAGAGGAAAAGAAAACAACAAAGAACAACAACUGAUAUUCACAAAUACUCACAAACAUGAAGCCUUCCAGAUAUGAAAGCUAUGAGAAGUGUGAUACCUGGGUGGCGGAGGAGAAGAGACGGAGACGAAACGAUGGUGGUGGACGGAGGAGAAGAAGUUCGCGCGAUGGUGGUGGACGGAGGACCGACGACGGUGAGGGGUGGGGUUUCUGGUUCGCGUGCAGAGAGAAAAAGAAAGAGAGAAA